UGGCAAGGGUUUGCUACUAUUCUAGCAGAUCUGCGGGCUCCCCCUCCUCUAGUGACAGCGUGGAAGUCGUGACGUCAGCAGCCACCGGCUCCUCUCCUUACAACACUAGAAGUGGGCGUGGCGAGUGUUCUGUAAACUUUUCCGGGUCAUGUGACCACUCCCUCUGGCCGUGUUGCCAGGUUUCUGGAUCCCGGAAGCGGAUCUGACAGGAUUUGCUGCUGUGGCUGCUCCUGUACAUGGUGAUGAUGGCUGCGGGGAGCGGGUCAGAGGAGCAGGAGGCUCGGGAGAGGCUGUCACUGUGGGAUCGGCGGUCGGAACCGCUGGCCCCGCUCACUGAGAGGCAGACGGACUCUGUGCUGGAGCUGAAAGCAGCCGCCGAGGAGAUCCCAGUGCCCGCAGAGCUCCCCAUUGAAGAUUUAUGUAGUCUGACCUCCUCUUCAUUGACUGUAAGUUUAUCUGGAGCCAUUCCAAGGUCUACUGAAGGCAUCUUGCAGCAAGGCUUCUCCGCUCUUGGAAUGGAGGAUGAUCGGAUUGAGACUGCACAGCAAUUCUUUUCCUGGUUUGCACAGUUACAGACCCACAUGGAUCAAGAUGAAGGAGCAAAGUACAGGGAAAUGAGUGAAUACCUAUCGGGUUUCCAGGAUCAGUGUGAUGCCAUUUUAAAUGAUGUAAAUGUCGCUCUGCAGCAUUUGGAGUCUCUGCAGAAACAGUACUUAUUUGUAUCCACAAAAACUGUGACACUACAUGAAGCAUGUGAACAGCUUUUAAAGGAACAGUCUGAACUUGUCAACCUUGCUGAAAGCAUUCAGCAGAAACUUUCAUACUUUAAUGAACUAGAAAAUAUCAAUACAAAGCUGAAUUCUCCCACUUUAUCUGUGAACAGUGAAGGAUUUAUACCCAUGCUAUCAAAGCUUGAUGACUGUAUAUCUUAUAUCUCCUCACAUCCAAAUUAUAAAGAUUAUCCUGUUUAUCUGGCAAAGUUUAAGCAAUGUCUCUCUAAAGCUAUGCACCUUAUGAAGACUUACACAGUGAACACACUACAAAACCUCACAAAUCAACUUCUAAAACGGGAUCCAUCUACUGCACCACAAUCUGACAAUGCUUUUACAUUAUUUUAUGUCAAAUUUCGGGGAGCAGCUCCAAAAGUCAGGACGCUCAUUGAACAAAUGGAACAACGGUCAGAGAAGUUACCAGAGUAUCAGCUACUUCUUGGUGAAAUACAUCAGUGCUAUUUAGAUCAGCGAGAGAGCUUGCUCAGUCCAAGUAUCACCAGCACAAUAACAGAUCUAACCUGCCAAAACAACAGGGAUCACUGUACACUGGUGAGAAGUGGUUGUGCAUUCAUGGUCCACGUAUGCCAAGAUGAACACCAACUUUACAAAGAAUUUUUCACCAAACCAACACCAAAAUUGGAUGAACUUUUGGAGAAAUUGUGUCUGUCUCUUUAUGAUGUGUUACGGCCGCUCAUCAUUCAUGUUGUUCACUUGGAAACACUCUCGGAACUUUGUGGUAUAUUGAAGAUUGAAAUGCUUGAAGAUCAUGUACAAAACAAUGUUGAACAGCUUGGCGCCUUUUCUGCAUUGGUGAAGCAGAUGCUAGAAGAUGUACAAGAGAGGCUUGUCUACCGGACAACCAUAUAUAUUCAGACUGAUAUCCUGGGCUAUAAACCUGCUCCUGGAGAUCUUGCAUAUCCUGACAAGCUGGUGAUGAUGGAGCAAAUUGCACUGAGUCUCAAGGAGGAACAAAAGAGGUUGCAGACUCCGGAUGCUUCAUUCUCUGAUGUCCAUCUAGAGGAUCCGGAUGCCAGUAAUCUCAUCAAAAGCGGCUCGUCAGAAUCUUUAGCUCUUAGAGCACAGAACACAAUCUCACCUGCUGAUCUGCAUGGCAUGUGGUACCCAACAGUAAGAAGGACCCUGGUGUGUCUCUCCAAGUUAUACAGGUGUAUUGAUAGGGCAGUGUUUCAAGGCCUGUCGCAAGACGCUCUGUCAGCAUGCAUUCAGUCUUUGUUGGGUGCUUCUGAUUCCAUUAUGAAAAGCAAGACGCAGGUGGAUGGGCAGCUUUUCCUGAUCAAACAUCUUCUCAUCAUGCGAGAGCAGAUUGCUCCUUUUCAUACUGAAUUCACCAUAAAAGAAAUUUCCCUGGACCUCAAGAAAACAAGAGAUGCUGCAUUUAAAAUUCUUCACCCAAAGACUGUCACCCGCUUUUUCAGGCUGAACAGCAAUAAUGCCAUCCUCGAGUUCUUACUCCAGGGAACGCCGGAAAUAAAAGAACAUUACAUUGACUCAAAGAAAGAUGUUGACCGACAUCUCAAGGCAGCUUGUGAGCAGUUUAUUCAGCAGCAGAGCAAGAUCUUUGUGGAGCCCUUAGAGGAUUUCAUGUCAAAGGUGACUGCAUUGAAGACCAUGGCCAACCAAGGUGGACCCAAAUACAGCCUAUCACAACAGCCAUGGGCACAGCCAGUAAAGAUUAAUGACCUGGUGUCUUCCACCUACAAGACCAUAAAAACCAAACUACCGGUGACGCUGCGGAGCAUGUCACUUUACCUGGCUAACAAAGAUACGGAAUUCAUUCUCUUUAAGCCGGUCCGGAGCAACAUUCAGCAAGUCUUCCAGAAGAUCCACAUGCUGUUAAAAGAAGAAUUUAGCAGCGAGGAUUUACAGAUUAUCGCUUGUCCUUCAAUGGAACAGGUGAAUCUAUUGCUGUCAGUGUCUAACUAGCAGAAGACGGAGAAACUUUUCCCAUUUGUCUGGAUGUUCCUGGGGGAAAUGAAGCAGAAAGGCAGAAGGGAUCUUCUGCAGGACACCGCAGGCCAUUGCAGAGAUACAUGCAUGUGAAAGGAGAGCGAAUGAAUUCACGGGAUAUACCAAAGCACUCGUGUUCUCUGGAAACCUGCUAAAUGUUGACAUUGGAGUUCUACCCCUACCAGUCAGUAUGUGGUAACAAAAAAGGACCCCUGGGAUAAGGGGUCUCCGGUGCACAGACCCGGCACAGGAUACUAUUUAGCACGCUGCAAUUCUAUCAGCUGGAAUUCUUCCCAUUUUUUUUUUUUUUUUUACCUAGUGGCUUAAAAAAAACAAAACAAAAAACAGUAAAUGUGUGUGAAUUUAUUUACUGUUUAUUUUAACAUUUAUUAUAAUUAAAUACAUAAUAUUAAUACUAAAGAAAAAAAUGAUAUAUAUAUGCAAAUCCUAAAAUGUUGCAGUCUCUU